AGCCACUGGUUAGCCCGGCCACCUUCAGCAGGGUGUUCCCGUUCCACGUCAUGUUCUCCAGGAACCUUACGGUGCUCCAGGCUGGCCACGCCGUGUCCAGGGUCAUACCGGCGCUUCGUAAGCAGGAAUGCCUGCUCACUGACGUCCUGGAGCCGGUGCGACCCCACCUGGACUUGACGUUCGAAAACAUCCUGGCGCACAUCAACACGGUGUACGUGCUCAAGACUCGGCCAGGUGCGCUGAACGCAGAGCCGGACACGCCCCCAGAGUUCACUUACCUGCGCCUCAAGGGGCAGAUGAUGUACGUCCCCGAGAACGACUCCGUCAUCUUCCUCUCCUACCCCAGCGUCGUCAACCUGGACGACCUCACCAGGCGUGGACUGUUCAUCAGUGAUAUCCCCCUGCACGACGCCACCCGGGACUUGGUGCUCAUGUCCGAGCAGUUCGAGGCGGACUACAAGCUGACCAGGAACCUGGAGAUCCUCACCGACAAACUGCAGCAGACCUACCGGGAGCUGGAAGGGGAGAAGCAGAAGACGGACGGGCUGCUGUACUCCGUGCUGCCCAUGUCCGUGGCCACGGAGCUCCGCCACGGCCGUCCCGUGCCUCCGCGCCGAUACCCCAGCGUCACGCUGCUCUUCUCCGGCAUCGUGGGCUUCUCUCAGCUGUGCGCCGACCCCGCGCACCGCGACCCCAUGUCCAUCGUCACCAUGCUCAACCAGCUGUACACGGUCUUCGACACGCUCACCGACCCGCGCAAGAACCCCAACGUGUACAAGGUGGAGACGGUGGGCGACAAGUACAUGGCGGUGUCGGGGCUGCCCGAGCCCUGCUCCACUCACACGCGCUGCAUCGCCCGCCUCGCCCUCGACAUGAUGGACCUCAGCAGCGAGGUCAAGGUGGACGGCAAGCCGGUGCGGAUCACCAUCGGCAUCCACUCUGGCGAGGUGGUGACGGGGGUGAUCGGCCACCGGAUGCCCCGCUUCUGCUUGUUCGGCAACACCGUGAACCUCACCAGCCGCACGGAGACCACGGGAGAGCCGGGCCGGAUCAACGUGUCCGAGGACGCAUACAAGUUACUGAGCCAGCAGGACAACUGUGAUCCUCAGUUCCAACUAGACUACCGCGGUCCCGUUGCCAUGAAGGGACGAGCAACACCAAUGGAGGUUUGGUUCCUGUCGCGGAGUCCCGAACACAUCGUCUAACGUAACUUAAGCUUUACUAUGCCGCCUACAUCUGUGAUUGUUAUUUCUUGCAAUGUGUGACUCCUGUCCUUUGUUCCUCGCUUAAGAUAGUGUAGAAAAUCUUUCAAGAAACCCCUCAAUAAGGUACAAACAAUUCAUGAAUGUUUUGCCACAUAGCUUAUCUUUCAGGGACCUAAACACCUCGCAAUAGGUGUAAUGCACAAAUUCGUGUCAAAUUUCGAUCUCUCGACUCCUAGUUACUGGGAAAAAAUGCAGGGCUACGUAACUCUUAAAAUGAACAAAUGUUAGUUACUCAAUGUGACAAAACACAUGUUUAAGUAAAGGUUGGUUAUGGAUUUUGAAAUAUGACCAAUUUUAGUCAUGGAUAUUGUGGAGAAAAGUUGGACAAGUCAAAAAGAUAGCUUAACUCUAAAAGACUACAAUAAAAGUUACAAACUAUAACUUCAACUCAUAAAAUAAUGUCAAAGGCAGUAAUAAGUUACGGAGCCCUGAAAAAAUGUUGUACUGACUAAAAAUGUGUAUAUUAAGUUUGUAAAUAAUGGAAGUGGAUGGUUGUCGUUUCUGAUAAAUUAUCUUACAGAGAAUUAAUGAAAACCCAAAAGCACUCAGAAGAAAUGCAACUUUUGAGAAGUUGUACAAUCAGCUGGGCAGAAAGAAUAUAAAUGCUAAUGACAUCAUAUUUCCUAUUUUCUACAAACUCUAGCAGGUAAUAAAUGUUCAGAUACUUCCGGAAAUAAAAUAAGAAUCUAGAGUUUAUGAUAUCCUAAAUUACUUGGCCCGUAAAGUUACCCCUCGUAUGUUCGUCUGCAGAACUAAUUCCAUUUGCUUUUUGCACUGUGCAAUUAGUUCGGGAUAUGUGUAUGUAUCUAUGCUUCUGUCAUAGAAAUAUGGUUUGUAAGUGUGAAAAAAAUAAAAAUAAAGAUGCUGUGAGAUAAA